AAAAACGAUGUUAAUAGGUCGCAAAUGAGCGAGGCUCAGCUGCCUGAAGAGAUCUUGGAACACGUCCUUAGGCUCGUGCUCUCCGUCUCGGAGCGAGAGUUUUGCAAAUUUCGAGACAACACUCUAGGGCAAGGCAGGGGAUGGGUCUCACUGUCGACUUCGGCAGGACACGCUCCGGUCAGCCACCUGCUGCUGAUCUCCCGACGCUGGCUCAGGAUAGGCUCGCCGCUGCUCUACGAAGGCGUAGUGCUCCGCGAGCAGAAGCACACGAAGGCAGUUGCACAUAUCAUUUCUUUCGACACGCACUUGGGGGAGGAGAUCAAGUACCUCAGACUUGAAGGCGGGCUCGGGAAGCACUUGCCUGUCGUCCUUGCACACGCGCCCAAUGUCCAUACUUUGUACAUCUCGCUUCAUGUCCCAGCUUCAGAGGCUAUCCGAGGCCUACACAAGGCGCUCUCAUUGGUCCAUCCCAGGAAGCUUUACAUAUACUACAGGACAUCAGAGUUUAGGUCCACGAAAGCCAUGAGGGAAGCAAAGAGAUACUUGCAGUCGGCUAUUGCGACACAAUGGGAGACACUGGUAAGUACAACCACAGGAGGAUCGUCCACAACAGCUGACGUGUGCAUCAUAUACUUCAGACCACUGUCAUCCUCAGCAAUAAUUUUUGCAUGA